CUUCACAAAGAAAUCCCAACCUGGGAUGUAUCCGGUCUGCCGGAGCCGCCAUUUCAAAGCCGUUAACGAGCGAAAGACAACAGCCGGAUAUUUUGUACAUCUUUUUUUUUAAUUAUUAUUUUUCUAAGAAUAUUUAUUUUUCAUAGCAAGUAGAUAAACUCCUUUUUCUUACUUUUCUGGACCUACCUCGCUUGCAGCACCGAUGGAAAUGGACGCAGACACAGAAGAACAGGUGAAAGAAACUCUAGAGACUUCCCAGGAUGAAUUGCGGGAGCCAGCACCAGAAAACAAAGCCAGGGGUCGUGGGUUUAAGGGCCGCGGGAGAGGCGGUCGGAUGAAUCGAGGCAACAUGCGUGGUGGCCGGGGAAUGAUGAUGAAAGGCUUUGGCCCACCCGGACAUGGAAGAGGUCGAGGGAGGGAAGAAAUGAAUGGACUUGGACCUAUGAGGAGGGGGAUGGGGAGGAUGCGGCCGUACCCCGACAUGAGAGGCCAACGAGGAGGCAGAGGGGGACCAAUGGGCAUGGGCCCUCCUCCACCCCCACCACCACCCAUGCAUCUCAGAGGGCCCUUCCCACCCAUGCACAGACAUGGACCCCCUCCACCUCACCCCUUGGGUCACCCUGGUUUCAGAGGGCGCCCACCACACCCUCGAGGGCGAGGCAUGCCGCCCCCCGGGCCUCCACGCCACUUCCACCCCAGAGGCCCGAGAGGCUACCACAAUGGACCGGUCUCUCCUCCGCAUCACCCCCCACCUGGCAGAGGCCAGAGGUGGCCAGGGCCCCCUGGUGGCCGACGCUUUUAACACAGCCUGCCCUAAAACAAUAACCAAGCCCUUGUUCCAUAGAAGGGGGGCCUACAGAGGUGUAAAGAGUGACAAGCCCCUGACAUGUGUCAUAAAAAAGACUUUGAAUAUCUUUCUGAAACACUCUGUGGCCAAAUGUCUGGUUAUUGAUACUGUCAACUGGCAAAGACAUAAUGUGAAAAUGACUAACUAUAACAGAGGACACAAAAAAUGCCUCAUAUCGUAACAAUGUAAAGGCAUUCUCACUUUCUGUUACUUAUGUCGUUAGUGAAAUACUGUUGGUACUGUAGGGCAAUAUUUUCUAUUGUUGAGAAAAAAGGCUAGUUCAAACAAGGUUGCCACUGAAACCAUAAAGGAGGAAAAAUUUUGUGAUUAAAGUUCAUUAAAUGUUCUGUGGUUCUUGUGGCAGUCACCCUGUGAGCCUUAAGAAAUUUUUCCUGAUUCUUUAUAAAGAAUAAAUGGGUGACAAUGUGUGUGACUAAGGGGUUAAAAGAGAAAAAAGAAAAAAAAGACACUAUACAAGAGUGCACAACAGCCCUCAAGCACCAGUGUUUAACUAGUUUAUUACACCUUGGACCUCCCAAACGUUUCCUUUUGUUACAUGGAGAUAGUUUUGUAUUAUAACCUCACCAGGCACUACAGCAAAUAUUGUUUAACAGACUCACACUUUUUUCAAGUGAUACGACAAUAUUUCACAUGUCAAGUAUUCAUGAAUAUUAAAUGUUAUAUUUUAUAUCAUUAAUGUGCAGCUAUUUUAAGUUAUGAGUAUUGCUGUUUGGAACAUUCAUGUUUGUGUUCAGCAGUUUAUUGUGUAACAACAAAAAGAAAAAAGAAAACAUUACAAAUGAAUAGUAUACUGAAAAUAUCUAUCUAGUAGCUUUUAUAAAUGAAAGCAAAUUCCAUUUAAGUAUUUGCUUCACUUAAGUAUAAGAAAUUACUAUUUACUGUGUUUAGUUUUUUGAAGUGUUACAAAUACUCUUUAUUUACUGUAAUUAACAUAACUUUUGUGAAUUUGUGAUUGUGUUUUAUGAGAACCGUCGAGAGCUAUGACAUAGUCAUGAAGAAACAAAAUAAAAGUAAAAAUAAACUCAGCUUCUCUUUUUUUAUUGUUUAUUCACGAUCAAGUCUGAGAAUUGUCAUUGCAGCUUUAGACGUGAUCUGUAAUAUAGCAAAGAGAAUGUCAAAAUACUGCACAGCUACACUAACAUUAUUUGUGUUUUUACUUAACUAUUUGCUGAGAUAUUUGAAAGAAACUGCACAUUUGAUCACCUAUUCCAAGUAGAGACUGCUACAGACUUUCACAUAAUUAAUAUUUUUACAGCACUUUUCUUGCCAAGUCUGGAGGACCAAGAGCCGUUAAUGAAAUAAUGAUAUAAGAAUUAAUGGAUCAAGUCAUUGCUAUUCUUGCUGAGGGCUGAAAUUUAUAUCAGUUUAGACCAGAAAAGACUGCACUUUCAGUAGCACAGCACUUGUGUCUCCUGAAACAUGAAUCUCACUCGGAGAAGUGCAUUACCAUGCAGCCUUUCAGGUAAAUUUGACUGGAGGACUCAGAACCGCUCCACUUCGUAAGACACCGAAAAUGCUUUUGCUCUGAAAUAUUAAUGUCAGUUCAAAUUCAGUGGUAGCAUGUUUAAAAGGAGGACAUCAUCCGCAAAGGACGAGCACUCUGAUAUGACCCAGGACUGUAAUAGCUCACUGCUGUAAUAAUGAGAAAUUGACAGUAUUUCUUUAAAACUCUUGUUUCAAUGAAGGCCAAGGGGUUCAGAGAAUCUCACCAUUGUGACCAGCGUCUGCUAUUCUUCUACAUACAAUUUCCCCUAAAUUCCUGUCCUUUUUGCACGUCUUUGAAGCGGUGCUGCCAUGCCUGCAGUACCACAUAUGGAAAGUAAUAAUCUAUGAUUAUCAAAUGCUUUUUACAUUUGAUAAUUUACAUUAGCACCCUAGAAAUAGUGAUCUUAUUAUAGCAGUUUCUUAUGUCACAUGGGAUCUAAAGGAAUACAAUAAAUAUUUCAUCUCUUCUGAAGUUCUGCAAGCUUUUGGAAUGUACUUGUAUUUUUCCAUGAUGAGUUGCUAAUUUAUGCUAAUUUGCUGGUUUUAUAGAGGCACAAAAGAAGCUCUAGUGUAAUGCAAAAGCACAAUUACAUAAACAGACAUUUAUAAAUUUAUAUGUUGUGCCUAUCGCUGACACACAUAAAGUCUCUGGCAUUAUAUCUGCAAGGAAGAGAGUAUGUGUUGCCCACUGAGAGCCUGCAGCUUGCUCAAACACCUCAACAGGGACUCGCAGGAGCUCUCUCUCAGAGAAUAGCCACCAACAGGUGUUGCAUCUUCCCCUUCUCUCUGUCUCUUUUCCUCUCUCCAGCACUGUCAGUACAUUUCUGCUGCCCCUUCAAUCUUUGCAGUCCCCUCUUGUUUCUCCCUGUGGUUGAUUGUAACAGACUGACUGUUGUUGUCUCCUGAAGGGGGGGCACACAGUACAGUUAUCCUACCAGGCCCAGGGACCCAGGCCCUCCCUCAUCACUCCCCCUCCUUCACCAGUGACGUGACACCCGAGAUUCAGCCCUUCACUAGCAAAGGUGAGCCUCCUCUUGUGUCUUUAUCCCUAAACCCCUCCCUGUCUGAUGCCUGGAGAUUCUCUCUUUCAGGAUGGAAGCCAAACAAAU